CGCGGAGGCGCACCUGGGCCGGUGCUGCGGCUCAGCUGAUAAUCGAGGCCCCGACGAGCCGCCGCCGCCGCCGGCUGUGGAGCCCGUCGCGUCGCCGCCGCCGCCGAGUCCGGACCGCAGACUUUGGGGCCUGACUAGUGAAUGGUAGUGUCUAGAAAGGGUAUGUCCCUUCAAGAGAGAGGUGCCAAUGUCCAACCGGCCUAAUAACAAUCCAGGGGGGUCACUGCGACGUUCACAGAGGAACACCGCCGGGGCCCAGCCACAAGACGACACGAUAGGAGGGAGGUCACAUUUAGGGCAGGCAAAACAUAAGGGAUAUAGCCCUCCUGAGAGUAGAAAAUCUAAUUCUAAGGCACCCAAAGUGCAGUCUAAUACUACUGAACUGUCAAGGGGACACCUUUCUAAAAGAAGCUGCAGUUCAUCAUCUGCUGUCAUAGUUCCACAACCAGAGGAUCCAGACAGAGCCAAUACUUCAGAAAGGCAAAAAACGGGACAGGUGCCUAAAAAAGACAAUUCUCGAGGAGUGAAGCGCAGUGCUAGUCCAGACUACAACAGUACCAAUUCUCCUAGCUCUGCUAAAAAGCCCAAAGCACUUCAGCAUACUGAAUCUUCCUCUGAAGCAAAUAAGCCACAUAGUAAGUCAAAGAAGAGGCAUUUAGACCAGGAGCAACAGCUGAAGUCUGCACCAUCACCAUCAACAAGCAAGGCUCAUACCAGAAAGAGUGGGGCCAGUGGGAAUUCACGGAGUCAGAAAAGAAAGAGGACCGAGAGUUCUUGUAUAAAGAGUGGUUCUGUGUCUGAGUCAACUGGUGCCGAAGAGAGAUCUGCAAAACCCACCAAGCUGGCUUCAAAAUCAGCCGCCUCAGCCAAAGCUGGGUGUAGCACCAUCACUGAUUCUUCUUCUGCUGCCUCCACUUCCUCCUCGUCUUCUACUGUAGCCUCAGCUUCUUCCACUGUACCACCAGGUGCCAGAGUGAAACAAGGCAAAGAUCAGAACAAGGCCAGGCGGUCUCGUUCAGCAUCUAGCCCCAGCCCCAGGAGAAGUAGCAGGGAAAAGGAACAGAGUAAAACUGGUGGCUCCUCAAAAUUUGAUUGGGCUGCUCGUUUCAGCCCUAAAGUUAGCCUUCCUAAAACAAAACUGUCUCUUCCAGGGUCUUCUAAGUCAGAAACAUCAAAACCUGGACCUUCUGGAUUACAGGCCAAAUUAGCAAGCUUAAGAAAAUCUACCAAGAAGCGCAGUGAAUCCCCGCCUGCUGAGCUCCCCAGUUUGAGGCGGAGCACACGCCAAAAGACCACGGGCUCCUGCGCUAGUGCCAGUCGGCGAGGCUCUGGCCUGGGCAAAAGAGGAGCAGCUGAAGCUCGUCGACAGGAGAAAAUGGCAGACCCUGAGAGCAACCAGGAGACAGUGAAUUCUUCAGCUGCACGGACGGAUGAAACUCCCCAAGGAGCUGCAGCCUCUAGUUCUGUUGCAGGGGCUGUGGGCAUGACCACCUCUGGGGAAAGUGAAUCAGAUGAUUCGGAGAUGGGACGAUUACAAGCUCUGUUAGAGGCCAGAGGUCUUCCUCCUCACCUGUUUGGCCCCCUUGGUCCGCGGAUGUCACAGCUUUUCCAUAGAACAAUUGGAAGCGGAGCUAGUUCUAAGGCCCAGCAGCUUCUGCAAGGAUUGCAAGCCAGUGAUGAAAGUCAGCAACUACAGGCUGUUAUUGAAAUGUGUCAAUUACUGGUCAUGGGAAAUGAGGAGACUCUGGGAGGGUUUCCAGUCAAGAGUGUCGUCCCAGCUUUGAUAACGUUAUUGCAAAUGGAGCAUAAUUUUGAUAUUAUGAACCAUGCCUGCCGAGCCUUAACAUACAUGAUGGAAGCACUUCCUCGAUCAUCUGCUGUAGUAGUAGAUGCAAUUCCUGUCUUUUUAGAGAAGCUGCAAGUGAUUCAGUGUAUUGAUGUGGCAGAGCAAGCACUGACUGCCCUGGAAAUGUUAUCCCGUAGACACAGCAAAGCCAUUCUACAGGCGGGUGGUUUGGCAGACUGCUUACUAUAUCUAGAGUUCUUCAGCAUAAAUGCCCAAAGAAAUGCACUGGCGAUUGCAGCAAAUUGCUGCCAGAGUAUCACACCAGAUGAAUUCCAUUUUGUGGCUGAUUCCCUCCCAUUGCUUACCCAAAGGCUAACUCAUCAGGACAAAAAGUCAGUGGAAAGCACUUGCCUUUGUUUUGCACGUCUUGUGGAUAACUUCCAACAUGAGGAGAAUCUGCUCCAGCAGGUUGCCUCCAAAGAUCUGCUUACAAAUGUUCAACAGCUAUUGGUAGUGACUCCACCAAUCUUAAGUUCUGGGAUGUUUAUAAUGGUAGUUCGCAUGUUUUCUCUGAUGUGUUCUAACUGUCCAACAUUAGCUGUUCAACUUAUGAAGCAAAAUAUUGCAGAGACACUUCACUUCCUCCUGUGUGGUGCUUCCAAUGGAAGUUGUCAGGAACAGGUUGAUCUUGUUCCACGAAGUCCUCAAGAACUAUAUGAACUGACAUCUUUAAUUUGUGAACUCAUGCCAUGCUUACCAAAAGAAGGCAUUUUUGCAGUUGAUACCAUGCUGAAGAAGGGGAAUGCACAGAACACUGAUGGUGCAAUAUGGCAGUGGCGUGACGAUCGGGGCCUUUGGCAUCCCUAUAACAGGAUUGAUAGCCGGAUCAUUGAGGUAGCAGCCCAUCAGGUCGGUGAGGAUGAGAUAAGCUUGUCCACUCUGGGACGAGUUUAUACUAUUGAUUUUAAUUCUAUGCAGCAAAUCAAUGAGGACACAGGAACAGCACGUGCCAUUCAGAGAAAACCUAAUCCCUUAGCCAAUACUAACACUAGUGGAUAUGCAGAGUUAAAGAAGGAUGAUGCUCGAGCACAGCUUAUGAAAGAGGAUCCGGAACUGGCUAAGUCUUUUAUUAAGACAUUAUUUGGUGUUCUUUAUGAAGUGUAUAGUUCCUCAGCAGGACCUGCGGUCAGACAUAAGUGCCUUAGAGCAAUUCUUAGGAUAAUUUAUUUUGCGGAUGCAGAACUUCUGAAGGAUGUCCUCAAAAAUCAUGCUGUCUCGAGUCACAUUGCUUCCAUGCUAUCAAGCCAAGACCUGAAGAUAGUAGUUGGAGCACUUCAGAUGGCAGAAAUCUUGAUGCAAAAGUUACCUGAUAUUUUUAGCGUUUACUUCAGAAGAGAAGGUGUAAUGCAUCAAGUGAAACAUUUAGCAGAAUCAGAGUCUGUGUUGACAAGUCCACCAAAGGCAUGUACUAAUGGGUCAGGAUCCUUGGGAUCCACAACAUCAGUUAGCAGUGCUGCCACCGCUGCCAGUAAUGCUUCUGCUGACUUGGGAUCCCCCAGCUUGCAGCACAGCAGAGACGAUUCUUUAGAUCUGAGCCCUCAAGGUCGAUUGAGUGAUGUUCUCAAGAGAAAAAGAUUGCCAAAGCGAGGGCCACGAAGGCCAAAGUAUUCACCUCCAAGAGAUGAUGACAAAGUAGACAAUCAAGCUAAAAGCCCUACCACUACUCAGUCACCUAAAUCCUCUUUCCUGGCAAGUUUGAAUCCAAAAACAUGGGGAAGAUUAAGUGCACAGUCCAAUAGCAACAAUAUCGAACCAGCAAGAACUGCAGGAGUUAGUGGUCUUGCCAGGGCUGCCUCAAAAGACACCAUAUCCAAUAAUAGAGAAAAGAUUAAAGGUUGGAUUAAGGAACAGGCACAUCAAUUUGUAGAGCGCUACUUCAGUUCUGAAAACAUGGAUGGAAGCAACCCUGCCCUGAAUGUCCUUCAGAGACUUUGUGCUGCAACUGAACAACUCAACCUCCAGGUGGAUGGUGGAGCUGAGUGCCUUGUAGAAAUCCGUAGCAUAGUCUCAGAGUCAGAUGUUUCAUCAUUUGAGAUUCAGCAUAGUGGAUUUGUGAAGCAACUGUUACUUUAUUUGACAUCUAAAAGUGAAAAGGAUGCAGUCAGCAGAGAGAUCAGAUUAAAGAGAUUCCUUCAUGUGUUUUUUUCUUCUCCACUUCCUGGAGAAGAGCCCAUUGGAAGAGUAGAACCAGUGGGUCAUGCACCUUUGUUAGCACUAGUUCACAAGAUGAACAACUGCCUUAGCCAGAUGGAACAAUUUCCAGUCAAAGUGCAUGACUUUCCCAGUGGAAAUGGGACAGGCGGCAGCUUUUCUCUCAACAGAGGAUCACAGGCUUUAAAGUUUUUCAACACACACCAGUUAAAAUGCCAGUUACAAAGACAUCCAGACUGUGCAAAUGUGAAACAGUGGAAGGGUGGGCCUGUCAAGAUUGACCCCUUGGCUUUGGUACAAGCUAUCGAGAGAUAUUUAGUAGUUAGAGGGUAUGGAAGAGUGAGAGAAGAUGAUGAAGACAGCGAUGAUGAUGGCUCUGAUGAGGAAAUAGAUGAGUCUCUGGCUGCUCAGUUCUUAAAUUCAGGAAAUGUAAGACACAGGCUGCAGUUUUACAUUGGAGAACAUUUGCUACCAUAUAACAUGACUGUGUACCAGGCUGUACGGCAGUUCAGUAUACAGGCUGACGAUGAGAGGGAAUCCACAGAUGAUGAGAGCAAUCCUCUAGGAAGAGCUGGUAUCUGGACAAAGACUCAUACAAUAUGGUACAAGCCUGUGAGAGAAGAUGAAGAAAGUAGUAAAGAUUGUGUUGGUGGUAAAAGAGGGAGAGCCCAAACAGCUCCAACAAAAACUUCUCCUAGAAAUGCAAAAAAGCAUGAUGAGUUAUGGCAUGAUGGAGUGUGUCCAUCAGUAUCAAAUCCUUUAGAAGUUUACCUCAUACCCACACCGCCUGAAAAUAUAACCUUUGAAGACCCAUCAUUAGAUGUGAUUCUUCUUUUAAGAGUUUUACAUGCCAUCAGUCGUUACUGGUAUUACUUGUAUGAUAAUGCAAUGUGCAAGGAAAUUAUUACAACUAGUGAAUUUAUUAAUAGUAAGUUGACAGCAAAAGCAAAUAGACAGCUUCAAGAUCCUUUAGUAAUCAUGACAGGAAACAUCCCAACAUGGCUUACUGAACUAGGAAAAACCUGUCCAUUUUUCUUCCCCUUUGAUACCCGACAAAUGCUGUUUUAUGUAACUGCAUUUGAUCGGGACCGUGCAAUGCAACGAUUACUUGAUACCAACCCAGAAAUCAACCAGUCUGAUUCUCAAGAUAGCAGAGUUGCACCUAGACUGGAUAGGAAAAAACGAACGGUGAACAGAGAGGAAUUGCUGAAACAAGCCGAGUCUGUAAUGCAGGACCUUGGCAGUUCAAGGGCCAUGUUGGAAAUCCAGUAUGAAAAUGAGGUUGGUACUGGUCUUGGGCCUACACUGGAGUUUUAUGCACUUGUAUCUCAGGAACUGCAGAGAGCUGACUUAGGUCUCUGGAGAGGUGAAGAAGUGACUCUUAGCAAUCCAAAAGGAAGCCAAGAAGGGAUCAAGUACAUCCAAAAUCUCCAGGGCCUGUUUGCACUUCCCUUUGGUAGAACAGCAAAGCCAGCUCACAUUGCAAAGGUUAAGAUGAAAUUUCGCUUCUUAGGAAAGUUAAUGGCCAAGGCUAUCAUGGAUUUCAGAUUGGUUGAUCUUCCCCUUGGCUUACCCUUUUAUAAGUGGAUGCUACGACAGGAAACUUCACUGACGUCCCAUGAUUUAUUUGAUAUUGACCCGGUUGUAGCAAGAUCAGUAUAUCACCUUGAAGACAUUGUAAGACAGAAGAAAAGACUUGAACAAGAUAAAUCCCAGACCAAAGAGAGUCUACAGUAUGCAUUAGAGACCCUGACUAUGAAUGGCUGCUCUGUUGAAGAUCUAGGAUUGGAUUUCACUCUACCAGGGUUUCCCAACAUCGAACUGAAGAAAGGAGGAAAGGAUAUACCAGUCACUAUACACAAUUUAGAGGAGUAUCUAAGACUGGUUAUAUUCUGGGCAUUAAAUGAAGGUGUUUCCAGACAAUUUGAUUCAUUCAGAGAUGGGUUUGAAUCAGUCUUUCCACUUAGCCAUCUCCAGUACUUCUACCCAGAAGAACUAGAUCAGCUCCUGUGCGGCAGCAAAGCAGACACUUGGGAUGCAAAAACACUAAUGGAAUGUUGCAGGCCUGAUCACGGUUAUACACACGACAGUCGGGCUGUGAAGUUCUUAUUUGAGAUUCUCAGUAGUUUUGAUAAUGAGCAGCAGAGAUUAUUUCUUCAGUUUGUGACAGGUAGCCCAAGAUUGCCUGUUGGAGGUUUCCGGAGUUUGAAUCCACCAUUAACAAUUGUUCGGAAGACAUUUGAGUCCACAGAAAACCCAGAUGACUUCUUGCCCUCUGUAAUGACUUGUGUGAACUAUCUUAAACUACCGGACUAUUCAAGCAUUGAGAUAAUGCGUGAGAAACUGUUAAUAGCAGCAAGAGAGGGGCAGCAGUCGUUUCAUCUCUCCUGAUCACCAUGAGAAAUGCAGUAUCUGCCUGUUACAGCAAAAGAAAAAAAAUCAUGAUUUCUUUUCUAAAUGUAUCACCUGAGUCAAGGAAACAUGUUACGCCUUCUUGUAGGAAAAAUGGCUUGCAGAUUAUAAAAGAGACACUUGGUUGAUAUUCAUUAAUGGCCCUAUGGACUUAAUGUGAUCAGGCCCUAAAAUGUUGUUGUGAUGAGGUUUCUUUAGCAAGUUCUGUUUAAAUUAUCAUUUAUUUGAUGAGUGAAGUUUUUAACUUGCUUUGCUGUGUGAAAUUUAAAAAGGGAUGUUUUUCCAGGCUGAAACAAUAAAUGUCGCUGUGCAGUUUAAUUCUGGGCUGUGUGUAUCCAUCUAGCUAAGUCUGCAGUUCUGUUUCCUCCAAAGACAACUCUUGUACAUAAGUACAGAAAUUAAAGUUCACAUGUAUUUGACAAAUACAGUUUAGUAGAUUAGCUUUAUGUGCUUUUCACUUCCCUCUAAUUUUCUUGCCCUGAUUCAUGUAUUGUCUGUGCAGUUUAUGCACUUUUGUUUUUGUUUUGUAUAAGUACUCAGUUGUUACAUUUUCCUUAGCCACGGGCUUUUGUUGUUUCACGUUCUCUUUAAGAUUUAAGAUAUAAUUUAAAAUUCAUUAAAUUGAAAUUAUUGUCAAUAUAAUUCAGCCUUUGUGACUAGGUAGGCUUUUCUUACAGCUUAGUUUUACAUAGUCGUAGGGUCUUACUGGCCUUCCCCAGUGACACACUAGAACUGUUUACAUGGUGAAUUGGCAGCAACAGCCUCCAGAAUGGAGGCCAGGAAGGCUUAUUCUUUUCCUUUGUGUAGGUAGCAAAGUCUGCAGCUUGGGCUGGCCAGUAUUUAUUACUCUGUGGCCAGAGCAUCUUGAAUUGAUGUAAAGUUUUAAAAUAGCCAUUUUCGUUCCCUGUUGGAGUACAAGUUUUUUCCUCCCAUGUUCUUGUUUGAAGUUUUUGUCCAUAGUCUCCUUGCUUUAUGCUGCUUUCCUCCCCACCCCCACCCUCACCUCCACCCCAUGCUGACUUGGGACAGACAGUUCAGCUUUGUCUCCACGGAUAAAAGCACCUGUAAGCCAUGCACUGUCCAGUUGUUUUAUGUGCUGAUUUCUCAAAUCUGCAAUAAUCCAUCAGGCUAAAUGUUUUUACCUGAAAAUAAAUAAAAGUUUGCUUCACCUUUUUGUUUAUAGUUUUGUGCUGUAUGCAUAACUUUCUAUUGUGUUAGAUGUAUUUCACUGCAAGCAAAUCAUCACAUCUCCAUGACUCACCUCAUGGCUGAUUUCACUAUUAAGAGACUUUCUGAUAGCAACUUGAGGAAUAUGAAAAUGAGAGAAAAUGGGAGGUGAUUCCUUCCUUCCAUUGGUUCAAAAUUGCACCUGUUUCACAACGUUGAGAAUUUCCGCAACUCAUCUUUAUCAGAAAUGAUAGAUGAGCUCAUUUCUUAUUGAACUUUGAGAAAUCAACUGUCUUUUACUGACUGUUCCAAAGUCUUACUGAAUUGGUGUAGAAGCCCCUGUGUUUCUCCCCCCCCCCCCAACACCCCAAAGAAACCCUAGGGAUUUGUUUGGUCACUUUGUCAGUUUCCAUGUGAAUGAAUAGCCUUAUCUGGAAGUACCCCUUCUGCAUGGUAAAUUUGGCCAGGGACCUCUAUCCAUGCACUGGGAUGGAGCAGCUGUGAGAGGGCUUCAGGUCAGGGACCCGUCGCCCUGACUUUUCACACAGGCAGCCUCACUUUGAGAUUGAAGAAGGAAGUUGCCUUUCUGAAGGCCUAACUAGGACCAGAGUGGUUGGAUCAAGUGACAUGAGUAUUCAAGAAUGAACCAGUUUCUUUUAAUGUUGAUAAUUUUUAACAAACUAAGCACAAAGACUUUUUUGUGUGAACAUAACUUUUGUUCCUCAUUUUUUAAAGGGUUCUUUGUUAAAUGUAGACUUGUAUAAACGAAGUAAUGUUUCAUAUUAAAGAUAUGUAUUUGACAUUUUAUCCAUGUUGUGGCCCUGGCAGAUUUGGCUUCAUUCAUUUCAGCAUCUAAUGAGUACAUACAUAAGAUGGUUUUGAAUGAAACUCAAGUUUGAGUGUUUCAAAGUUAACAAUUGCCUAUUUAAACACUUUGUCUUUAGCUUAACUCCUUCCCUCCAUAAUGUGGGACCCUUGGUUAGCCAGGGACGAGAAGACUUUUCCCAUUUCAAAGCAAACUCUUUUUGGCAGAAGCCUUAAUAGUGCAUCACGGGAAAAGCAGACAUUUCAUUUGUUAUCACUCCAGUUAUGCCUUAAAUUUAGUUGCUUUCUAAUGCCGUCCAGCACUACUUCGUAAAGUGUGAUUUAUACACAGUCAGGUAGUGGUGGUGAUUUAGUUGUCCUUGCAUUUUUGCUGAGGUGGAAUCGGAUGAGUCCCAGGUAUGGCUUUACCAAUUGCUAAUUUGAUUCACUUUGUAUAUGAGAACAUGUUUUUUUAACUGUUUUGACUACAAGGAAAGAAGAGGUAGUUGUGACCAUUUCAUAGCUAACACCCCCCCCAAAAAAAAAAAAAGUGUUGAGUUCUAGCUAGUCUGGAUUGGGACAGACAUACAGAGUUAUAGAUGCCUUAGCCAGACCCAACAGAACUUUCACACAGCUAGCUGCUCAUCAGGAUACAGAUUCCUCUCUUCUUGGACUUCAGCUCUGUGUUUGUAGCAUAUAGAACUUUAUCUUAGCAUUCUGGUCUAUAAAGAAGUGGUAUCUUAAACUAGUAUCCUUUUAUUUGACAUGCAAUUGCCCUUGUAAGUUGGGGGCAUCAUGUGAAGAAGCAGUGGCCCAUGUAACCAGAUGUGACUAGUCACUUCUGGAGUUGCCUCCCCAUGGCAUCUUGAUGGCAUAAAGACUAUAGUGAGGCUGAGAGGCAAAACCCCAAUGUACACGUCCAAAUACUAGACCCAGACCUUGAUUUGCCACGAGGGUUCUUGUGAGCAUUUUGUAAGUUUGUCUUUCUUCUGGUUCCUCAGGUACUGAGGCUAGGUACCUGAUCCCUGUCCAUGAGUACAAACUCAGGAAAUGAGAAUGCCACUGAGAUUCCAAGAAAAAGGUCAUUAAGAAAAGAGACUUUCUGGGAAAAGAUAGUGCAUUCAGAAAAAGUAUGUACUUUAUGGAGGGUUCUGAAUGCAAUUGUUGAUUCUCCAGUAGCAAAGAUUAUCAAAGCCUUGAAUUAAUUUGUCUUAGGCUUUUUUGUUUCCUUUUUUUUAAAAACCCAUUAUUUUCAGUUUGAGAACAUUGUUUGGAAAUGUCAUACUCUAGUAUUUCUAAUUCUGAGAAGUGCUUUUGUGUGAAUCUUAGAUUUGAUGUCUUAGUAUUGGCAUACACAGGAAAGGCGACGUGGUAACAAACCACUGAAAAUGAUUUUUGUUACCUUUGUUACCUCAUACAAAUUCCAGACAAAACACAGUGUUUAUAUUUAUAGAAAACAGAAGAUUGGCUGUUUUCCAAGAUUUAUGCAAGAAAAAGUUCUUAACUCUACACACUUGUUCUGCAUAACGGAGACAUUCUUUAAUAAUGGAAGAGGUGGUUUUAUUUUUACAAGUCUACUCAUUACCAAACCUAUAACCAAUUACUGAUAUCCUGUGUAAACCAUUUUUUCUUUUAUCUGAAAACAGUGAUUUAUAUGAACUGUUGGAAUAAUGGAACCUCAAACUACAGUUAUGUAUGUAAAAUUGCAUAAAUGCACUGACUUCCUUCUCCCUGAAUAUAUUUUUAAUAAAACAGCAUUAUCCUA